UUCGCACCCGCACGGUUAGCCAAACGACUACAUUUAGGUCAUCAAAUAUUGCGGUCUUAUGACGUUUACACAUACGGUUUGGAGAGAUUAUUAUCCGUAGCUAGUUACAAUACGUGAGUGAAAAACGGUUUGACAAAACAGCAUGAUUAUCCAAAAAAAAUCUUCCCACAAUGAUAGUUUUUCUUUUAAAAUCAUAAAUGAACAAAUAUCUUUGCAAUUUUUGUGAAACAUUUCGUUUCUGGCAUUUGUAUCCAUGUUUAUUUCACUUUUAAAUAUCUUGUUUAUAGCCGUCCAUAAGUGCCUUUUUCAUUGAUGUCCAAGGCAGUCAAAAGAGGCAUUUCGCAAUUUAACUGAUUACAAAAUCAGCACUGUUAAGUCAUCGACUUCUGUGCGGUCGUUACGUGUACACAGGCCCUUAUAAGAGGCCUUUUGGCUAGCCGUCUGCAUUUCACGCAUAACAAGCUGGAUAUCCGCAAGCAUGGCGACCGAAGGUGCAAGUACCAGCAAGUCAACAAACAAAAAAAACGCGCCUACUCGAUUUUUCCCAGCACUUGACAUUCUUCUUCUCAGAGAACUGGUUGCGGUACAACCAACAACUAAGCCAGCGUGGGAUGAAGUCCACCAACAUGUGAACACAGCUUUGACGGAGGUGAAGCGCGACAGCUUUGUCACUCUCCGGGCAUGCAAGGAUAGGGUGAAAACUCUCCAAGAGGCUCAUACGAAGGACGAGUUGAAAUCUCUUAGAGCGUCUGGGACAGAUGAGGAAUACGAGGAGCGAGCCCAGCUGCUUACUGAGUUGGCCAGCCUUAGCGAGGAAAGGGCGGCCAAAAAGCAGGAAGAAAAACCCGAUCUCAAGGAAGCCCAGGGACGACAAAUACGCCAGGCUGCUAUGGAGACGCUGAAAGUAAGAGACGAUCCGGAAGAACACGCGGAUGGUUUUGAUCGUGAGUUGGACGGAGCUGAUGAAAAUCUCGAACAUCAUGGAAAGAAAGCUGCGAAUUGCACCACCAAGCCGGCAACGAAGAAGCGUCGAACUGAUUCUGCAGAGUACGUGACGUAUCUAAAAGAUAAACUUUCCUUUGAAAAAGAGCGUUUCGAAGUAGAAAAGAAGGAAAGAGAGGCGAGGAUCCAGAGGGAUCAGCAAAUGAUGGAAAUGAUGAUGGCGUUGGCCAAAAACAAAAAUUAGAUGCUGCUCGCAACGAUGUAAGAUUUGACAAAUAAAUAAUUACUCGCAGAAUAAAUUUGGACUUUUCGUCUGUAAUUUGCACAAUUCAAAUAUUUUCUCUACAUUUACAACGCAAAGUUCAGGCUAAAUAGUUCUCUAAAGUUGGAGGGUCCAGUUGAAAGUACUGACUCGUCUGAUUGCCAUAGACACAUGUACGACAGUUGACCAGAAUAGCACCUACCAAGUAAUACUUGGCUACUGGAGACAACAGUACUUUUAAAUUUUUCCUAAAGUCCAAAAACGCGUAGUUUCGCACCAAAUUUCCGAACUCCCAUUCCACGCAUUGACGGACAGAGGACAUUCUCCUGUUGAAUUCUUCUUCUGCGGCACACAGGUUUGCUCCUCUGAAUGGACUCGACAGAUACCUUCGAAUGGGAUAAGCCGGAUCGCCGUAUAUUGCAAAUGGCAGGCCAUUCCUAUCAGUGAGAUCUCUAGCCUCCAUUUGCU